CCCUCUCCGACAAUCCGGACGCCAGCUGCCUGCCUGGACCAUCCCCAAGAUGCUCGGGAAGGGGUGGGAUGCCGACAGCACGCCCCACGGCCCAGUGAGUCUCCACCCCCUCGAGUGAAGCUGCAAGGAGGACAGGAGCUGUUCAGAGAGAUCAGAGCAGAGACACAGAAAACGUAAAACCAAGACUGGUACGGAAAGGAAAUCAUCACGAGAAUACAGAAAAGAAAAAGCAGAGAGACAAUUUGAGAUUUGGAGCUGAUGUGAAAGAUAGUCAGAAUGGAAGGCAAACUCCCAUGUCUCCUUGUGGUGGUGGGAGCAAUCAUGACUGCCCAGUGCCAGGACUUACGCAUGCGUUUCAAACGAGGAGCCAGAUCUAGAGCCAUUUGCACAGACAAUUCAUCUGGAGAAAUUUACCAGCACAGGGUGACCUGGCUGAGGCUUUUGGGGAGCAGAAUAGAAUACUGUAGGUGCGACAGGAGUCGAAGUCGCUGCCACACUGUGCCUGUCAGACCCUGCACUAGAAAUAAAUGCUACAAUGGGGGCCAAUGUUUGCAGGCAUUUUAUUCCCCACAGCUUUUCAUCUGCCAGUGCCACCAGGGUUUCUCAGGGAAACAGUGUGAAGUAGAUACUGAAGUUAAAUGCUACAAAGACACUGGAGUAACAUACAGGGGUACAUGGAGCAUGACAGAGAGUGGAAGUGAAUGUUUAAAUUGGAAUAGCAAUGGCUUGGUGGACUGGACGUACAGUGGCCAAAGAGAGGAUGCUGCUGAGCUGGGACUGGGCAAUCACAAUUAUUGCAGAAACCCAGAUGAAGAUUCCAGACCUUGGUGCUACAUCCAUAAAGGGGGAAGGUACACCUGGGAACACUGCAGUGUGCCCUCCUGUUUGAAAGUUAAGAAAAUCAACUGCAGAUCUGGAAGAGGCACAGAUUACCGAGGCAGCCACAGUGUUACCAGUUCUGGAGCUACCUGUUUGAAGUGGGAUUCUCAAAUCCUUAUCACCAAGCUAUAUACUGCUUGGAGAAGAGAUGCUUACCAACUGGGCCUUGGUAGUCACAAUUUCUGCAGGAAUCCUGAUAAUGACAGCAAGCCCUGGUGCCAUGUCCUGAAAGGAAAUCAGCUCACAUGGGAAUACUGCAACGUGCCUACUUGCUCCACCUGUGGCUUACGACAGCGCAGCGAACGCCAGUACAGGAUUAGAGGCGGUUCCUACGCAGACAUUGCAGCUCACCCAUGGCAAGCUGCCAUCUUUGUGAAGUAUCGUCGAGUACCCGGAGAGCACUUCCUCUGUGGAGGAAUUCUGAUCAGUUCCUGCUGGGUUUUAUCAGCUGCUCACUGUUUUGAGGAAGGCUUUAGUACAAAUCAAUUGAAGAUUGUGCUGGGUAGGAAUUCCCGAGCAACACCCGAGGAAAAUGAACAAAGGUUUCAAGUGAAGAACUACACUGUGCAUCAGAGAUUUGACUCAGAGAAUUUCAACAAUGAUAUUGCUCUGUUGCAGUUGAACUCAGAUGCAAAAGACUGUGCUGUUGAAACAAGCACUGUCCGUGCUGCCUGCCUCCCCAUGCCAGAGCUGCAGCUGCCUGACUGGACUGAAUGUGAGAUCUCUGGUUAUGGCAGAAAUGAAGAAUUUUCUCCAUUCUAUUCAGAGCACCUGAAAGAAGGCCAUGUCAGAUUGUUCCCAGCCAGUCGGUGCACAGCUAAGUAUCUAGACAACCGGACAGUUACAGAAAAUAUGUUAUGUGCAGGAGACACAAGACACCUUGAUGAUGCCUGCAAGGGUGACUCUGGAGGGCCUCUGGUCUGUAUGAAGGAUGAUCGUAUGUAUCUAAUUGGAAUCAUCAGCUGGGGAAUAGGAUGUGGCCGCAAAGACAUACCUGGUGUUUAUACAAAUGUGAAUCGUUAUCUUGACUGGAUUCAGGACAUCAUGAGACUCUGAGAAAGAAAAAUGAACCCUUUACAAUCUUGUGAUCAUGGCCUCACAGCUUCCUUCUGGGUGCUUUAAGUAUGGUGACAGUGCUUUGUGUUUGUCCAGAUGCUUAUGACUUUCAGUAAAACAGGAAGACAAACUACAGUGUAUGGGAAGAGUAUCUGCUCAAAAUAUUCUCCUUUCCUUAUUAAAGGUUAUUAGAAGCUAAUGCUCAUUUUCCUCAACGUGACCAAACUUUCUCCUUGCAUCAAAUCGUCUUAAGUACAAUAAGAAAUUAAUUUUGGCCCUGCCCUGUGUGAAUAAACCAAGAGACACCAGCAUGCAUGUCUUAAGAAGAUACAUUUUUUUAGGAAUGGGUGUGAACUGAAGGGGACAGAAUUAAUUUCCUGAAAACUUCAUCUACCUCCUUACUUGCUGUAUCAUUGACAGAUACUAAGCUCUGUGCUUGUAACAUUUGACUAUGGUUGUUUAAGGAGGUUUUAAGAGAAGUUGGUUUCUGAUAGAAAGAAUAAAGCUGUAGGCACAGGCUACUUAUUUCCAAAUCAAUGUACUACUUGCUUUUUCAGUUUGGAACCUAUUAAUUAACCAAGUUUGAGCUUAAACUCUCUGAGCAAAUUCAGGAUGGCUUAUUAGGACAUUUUAUUCCUUGCUUUUCCUCUUGGUAAUGGAAUAAGUAAAAGUUUUAACACCAGCCUGCUUUGCCACAGAAUCAACGACUAUUAAAUUUCUACGCAUUAUCAUCUGAUAUGAAAGCAAAAGUUCUCUCUUCAGUGCAAAAGGGCAAAACAAAGGACAAUUGUGUUGGUAGCUGUUUCAACUGCCUGCCAGAUUUACAUCCACAAGUAAAGGCCAAUUCAGAUGUUUACAGUACCAACUGUAUAAAGACAUUUAUUUCACUAAGUGUACACAAUCCAAUUGGCAUAAUUUAUCUCCCCCCUCAAAAACCAACUGUAUUUCUUGCAAAGCCUGCGCAAACCACUCUGAAAUGACACAGAUGACUUGUAAAUAUUGAUUUUAUUGAUCUCCUUGUUGAAGGUUUUGUUUGCACUGAAAAUGCUCAGAACUAAUGUCACCACAGAAGAGUGCCACCUGCCAUGGAAUUCUUCAGUUGCACUGGAACCUGAAAUUCCACAAACAGGAUGCCACCCAUCCACUGCAUGUGUCCACCACAUACAAGCCAGAAUGAAUGCUAUCCUAUAUGCUGGAGUCCACAGCUGCAUGUGUGUAGUCACACAGCACAUGUGUGUGUGUGUACAGCAGCUUAGGUGCGAGUUCUGCUACCAAGGGAAAAUGCAGCUUUGGCAUGUAGUGGCCAAAGAGCCUGUUACAGACCAUAUGAACAGUGCAGGUGACUCUCAUUUCCUAUUUCUGCUGUACAGAGGGAUGUACCAUAGGCUGGAAUGGGCAGAUGUAGCAACAGGUCCUGAGGAAGAGAUGACCCCAGUGAAAAAUCUGGUGUAGGCUUGAAUACAUCUGCACAACACCCGAUUAGUACGGGAACUGGAAUGAGGUAGGACAGGCAGGAACACUACAAAGAUCACAAUUAUCUCAAAGAAAGACAUCAGUGAGCAGAACUGCAGUAUCACCUUCAUUUGCAAUAGGCAAGCAGAGGCAAAAAGAGGUUCCAGUGAGUUGCUAGGACAGUGGUUAUCUUUAUUGUAGCCACAGCUUCAAUUUCCAUCAGUGCUGACUGCACAAAAGUUCCUCUAUAUGUCUCUUCUGAUUCCCCAAAGAAGCUAGGAGAAUUUCUACCCUCAGACACUGAUGAAACAAGAGAAGAAGCAGAAUUACAUGGAGAUGCCACUGCUCAUCAGCUACAAGAUAUGAAUGUAAUUCAGAUCUGUAUUCAGAGACUCAAGGUACUUGAUGACCGUUGAUGCCUUAUGAAAUCUAGGAAAAGAAUCCACUUCUUCCCUUCUUCCCUCUGUGGCACUGUCCCCAAUCUCCGGCUUCUCCACUUCCCAUCCUGGGUGGAACAAUCUACUCUUCUGCUUCUUCCAGUCCUUUUGAGGCAGUACGGCUAGGUGUUCCGCUGGCAAGAACUAUACAGCUCUCCACCUUAACACCCAGUGACACAGAAAGGCAAAUACUGGAUCAUCACAUGGGAGUUGAAGUUUGUGGAAAUUCAACUUUGUAUCAUCACCAAAGUGAUAAAACAAAAUACAAGGAAGAGGAAUUACAAAAUGCCAUAAAUCCCUAGAAUUUCCUCUAAGAUAGAAAAAUGAAGGUGAUACACGCUAACACAGCUGACUUGCUAAUCACAAGGGACCUGAGCACCUCUCCCAUCUGCUGUUGUUCCAAAUACUUCAGACUCAGGUAGGGAUGAGGUAGUUUCAGGUCAACCUUACUUGUCCCUGCUUUCCAGCACUCUUGAGUACUCGCUUUCCUUCUUUCGGGCUUCUAUAGACAAGGGAGCAACCUUAAACAGAUGUAUGGGAUAAGAGGCUG